GUGUGAGGAGGGUGUUAGAUUGUGGGAGUUAGUGAGAGGAAUAUUUAGAGAACUGAGGGUGCGCUAAGUGUUGUCGCAUCACGUAGAGUCUCCUCCGAGCCUCCCUUUGCGUUUGCGCGCUUACCCCCUGAUCGUUGAGCAGCUCGCGCUUUUAGUUGGACACCUGAGCCAGCAAGAGACAACAAAUAUGAUAGCAUUCAUCGAGCGAGUUUAAAUAAGGCAUACCAAAAUACUUCAAUGAGUGUAUGUGUUCCGCAAACAGUGAGGUGUUCAAGGCACUAAACAAGACUCGAGGCCUGUACCUGCGUUGGCAGGAGAUCUCGAAGGCCCCUGUGCCCCCCAACAGCCCCGAGGUUGAAUGGACCUCCACAGAGCUGAGGAACGCGCUACGCAGCAUCGAGUGGGACUUGGAGGACCUUGAAGAUACAAUUAGUAUCGUCGAAAAGAAUUCGUCGAAGUUCAAGAUCGACAAUAAGGAGAUCAGCGACAGGCGGACUUUCAUUGAAGCCACUAAACAGGAGGUCAAGGUAAUGAAAGGCAAGAUGAGCCUAAACAGAAACCGCGACGCGGACGGCACGGCGCGCGAGCCGCUCCUCGGGGAAGAGAGCCCCAUGCACUUCGGCAACACGUGGACUUCCACGCCCAAGUACUCCAAGUACUCGAAGCUAGCCAGCCAGACUGACAGCCCGAACAGAUUCGACGCGUACGACAACGACAUAAUGUCGAUGCAAGAGAAGAUGCUAGUGAACCAAGACGACCAACUGCAAGUAAUCAGCAACUCGGUCGGCAACCUCAAGACCGUGUCCAAACACAUCGGCAUAGAAUUGGACGAGCAGGCUGGUAUGCUAGACGACCUUAACACCGAGCUCGAAAACGCAGACUCCAAGUUAGACUCCACUAUAAAAAAGGUCGCGAAGGUGCUUCACAUGAAUAAUGAUCGACGUCAAUGGCUGGCAAUCGGCAUACUCCUCGGUCUAUUAGUCAUAAUACUAAUAUUGUUUGUCAUAAUCUGAGUUCCCUGCGGCGCGAGUUGCCUCGCUAACCACUCUGAGACGCUCUGACUUAGCCAAUUCACCUACAGGCGCCCUCUGUACUUAGCAUAUAAUAACCUCGUGAGACCCAGGCUCAUUUAUCCGAUUUUGAAUUAGGAAUUUUCUUUACUUCUAGAAUAAUUCAUAAAUCGAAUGUAAAUUGCACUUUCUUGGGACUUGCGAGGAUAAAGUAAUCCCAAUUCUGAACGCAAUGCUUCUGUUGCAUGUAUCUUGUGAAUACCGUAGCCUGAUGUUCAGAGUAGUCAUUGUUGUAUCUAAAUUUACAAUGCACCGUUUACAUUUAUAGUUUACGUUUCUAUACUCUGUACUUAUAGAUACUUAAAAAACGUAAACAAAUAAUUUGUACAUUUUCGAGUAUUUACAAAACAACAUUUUGUCGGUUAACUAACCAAAUACAAAACCAUGUGGAUCUGUCACUAAGCGACCUGUCUUUAACCUUCUUAUUUGGUCGUGUAAUGUUUUUAUUACCCACAAGCAGCUUAACACGUUCACGUCAUUUGUGACCCACCAAUGAUUGGUCCACUCAACAUUAUUUAAAGUGGUACAGUCAGUAUAAAAAGUAGUGAAACAACACAUUAAAUGUAUCUGACUUUACAGUCUUAAGUGGUCUACAUAUACUAAGACGUUGAGAGCUGCACCGAUAGCAUGGUCGCACGAUAAACGAUAAAACAUCUCAUCUGGCAGGCAAGCAUGGUCGCGCGAUAAAUGAUAUAAUAUCAGGUCGUCCUUUUCGCACUAUUUUAAGUGCGAUAGGGACGGCCUGAUGUUUUAUCGGAAAUGUUGCCUGUUAUGGAAAGACUAUGACACGUUUUUAUCCACUGCUUUCGGUGCAUACUGUAAUCAGUAAUGGCUAAUAAUUGGUUAGCUUUUGUUGCGCACUAUAAGCACUUGAUUUUUUAUAUUUUUAGGUAAAGUUAAAAAAGGCCAAAUGUUGCGUAACUGUAACAUUUUUCGAUAUUUAUUAUUGUUUCUGUCCUCCGACUGGAUAGUGGAUAUCGUAAAAUUUCAGUACUUAACACUUCGCUGGGUUGGGCUAUCAACUAGCUACAGAUGUAGUGCGAAAAGAUUUGCCUUCGUAUUGUUACGGAAACGUACGAACGUGUCAUGCUAUUUCAGUCAAUGUCAGUACAUCUUGUACUGGGACUGACUGAAACAGCAUGACAUGACACGUUUCCGUAAAAUACGAAGGAAACCCUUUUCUCACUACAUCUCUGUACCAGCUUCGUUUGGCUCAUUCGAGCCACAAACUUUAGCUUCUGAUUAAUAUCAAUAUCAAAAUGGUCAUAGUUGGCUUUCUAGUAGCUCUUUGAUUUGAAUGUGUUAUUCGUUUUCAUGUUUGCUGUAUACUUUGUAAACUAAAGUUCCACGUAUAAGCUGUGACGGAGUCUUGUAAAUUUAUGUAUAAACGUAAACAGUAAUAGUAUUUUUGUAACAUUCCCUAAUAUUGUGACCUCUGUAGUUAUAGUUAGCGCACAUGUAUAAAUGCGUUCUAAAUAUCACUAACAUUCUGUGAGUUAUUAGCUGUCAAAUAGUGUACUGAAUGAUGACUUAGGUAUAUCUAUUUAUGAACAUAGGUACACAUGAGCAAUGUGUUAGUACCAUAUCGCUAUAACUUAUUGAGCGAAAUCCAUAGGUCUCUUAUACAAUAAGGUAAAGUGAAAAGGUACUGAAAACGAAAAUGAAUUAUGCGUAGUUUUGUAUGGAUCGAAAAAGGGAAAGUUAAUAUUAAGAGUUCAAAUAGUCGAAGCAUACAUAGUUUUACGAUGAUGACUCAAACUAAUUUUAACGUGACUGUAUUAUACCUAUCUUGUUUCUAUAGUAAUCUUCCUACUGACGUAAAAAUGUGGUGCGAAAAGGGUUUCCUUCGUAUUUUUCCGGAUACGUUCGUAUUUGUCAUGCUAGUUCAGUCAAUGUCAGUACAUCUUGUACUGAGACUGACGGAAAUAUCAUGACACGUUCGUUCGUUUCGUUUGUAGACGUAUUUAAGUCUAGCAAGAUAUAAUAGCAGUGAUAUUACUACAAUAGAUAAAGGUUGUUUUUUAAGUAGCUUUUCAUCUUAUGAUAGAAUGCUCACUGUCUAUUCAUCUAACUUAUAAAUCAAAUGGCGACUUAUCUAACUAUCUUUUGUGUUCCCAAAUGUUUUCUUUUAAUAUUGAUUAUGAUAAUUAUUACAUAACAUACGUUACUUUAAGAUAUCUAAGUACCUAUAACCGCCAAAGUCAGAUUAAUAGAGAUUAAUGAUUAUCAUAAAAGCUCCAUUUAGUUGACUAUGAAACAACAUAAAUGAACUUAUAACACUUUCCUAUUCGCACUUAUGUAAAAAAGGUAAUGUGUUAUUAUGUUUAAGUUAUUAAUAAUAGAAAAUACCUGCAACAUGCAAGUUGUGGAAAGUUUCUAAAAUAAAAAAAAAACAUUGAAACGAAAUAAAUUCUGAAAAAAACUAGUUUUGUUCCUUGCAAGCUCAGGCGGAGUAAGAUGGUAUCCGUGACCACUGUAUAAAAAAUUCUCCCAAGUGUGAUGUUCCAGCGUUUGGAUUACCCUCAUAACCUUACAUUAAGGAUUAUUCUAAAACUUACCAUUUGGAAAUUAACAAUUUUGGAAACUUUCUGACAUGCAAUGAUACUUAUUUCAAAGUGAAACUUAAAAUAUUAUUUACGAUUUGAAUCAUAAAAGUAUAAUUACCAAAUUCACGGAAACGCACGAACUUAUCACGCUAUUUCAGUCAGUCUCUGUCAAAGAGGAUCGAGUAUUAUAGAGAGUUACUGUCGAAGUAAAAUGUGUAAUCACAUUGCCUAGACUGCCAUCUCUUGACACAA